AUGGUGGAUUCAACGAACCCUGAAACCAAAUUCAUGGUUAUUGGAGAUUUCAAUCUGAAAAACACUAUUUGGUACCGUGAAAACGAAGACGAUCUGCAUCUCCUACCUCUGCAAGUCCGCACACCGGAGGAAUCCAUUAUUGUAGAUGAACUGACUGCGUGUGGACUGGUUCAAGUGUGUGGUUUACCAAAUCAAAACAAUCGCUUUCUCGAUCUUGCAUUUACCAACGACGAUCAAUGCUGCCAAAUGGAUCUGUGCGAGCCUUUGAUUCAGAAUGAAACGCACCACAACGCUAUGUCACUCACCGUGAACUACAAUAAAAUCACCUACGAUUCCAACGAGACUACGCUGCAAGACCAACCAACACGUGUUAAACUAGACCUACAACAAUGUGAUCACGCGGCUAUUGUGCAAGAGUUGGUAACCGUCAAUUGGAACGAUGUUUUCAUUGAAUCCGUAACCUUUGAUGCAUCGAGACUGAAUCCUACCAUCGAUUCAAUGGUAAGCUUUCUGCGAAGUUUUGAAAUGUUUGAUGUAUUGGACAACAAUGCAUAUUAUGUUAACAAUGCUGUCGACUUCAAUGUACUAGCCUUCUAUGCCACCGUUUACGAGGUGUUUUCUCGGCACUGUCGUGUAAUUGUUAGACGUGUGGGUAGCCCAACUUUCCCCGAAUGGUUCGAUGCUGAUACUAUACGACUUUUAAAAACCAAGAAAAGGUUGUACAAUAAAUUCAGACGCAGCAGAUCAGAUGAAGACGAAGAUGUGUAUAAGCAAGCGCGGAGAGAGUUUAAAACUAAACAACGAUCGCAGUAUGAAGCAUACAUGAACGAGUUGCAGUUAAAUAUCCAGUCUAACCCGAAAGUGUUCUGGAACUAUGUUGGCAAAACAAGGCGUGAUUCUGGUGUGCCAGUAAACGUGACGUACAAAUCAAUGAAAGCUGAUUGCGCUGGACAGGCGGCUGAGCUAUUUGCUGACUAUUUCAACGCAGUUUACUCCGAGCGUAGUGAAAUUGAUGUACCCGUGUUUUCACCUUGUGAUGAACGUAUUCCAGAUAUUACACUCUCCCUGGAUGAAGUACGCAAGAAAAUCGAGACGCUGGAUGGCUCCAAAGGUUGUUACAUUGUAUUUGUUUUUUUCCUUUCCAUAUCUAUCUCAGGUGGAGCAUUCGACGGAGUGGAAGAUGUGGUGUCACCAUUCGGCUACCGUAAGGGAGAAGGCAUCGAUGCCGGCUGUGGCGAGGUGGACUGGAUUUGCAAUCGUGAUCGUGAGCGUACCGACCCGAUUUUCGAAUCGCUGAGACCCAUAGAUGGAAAGAUUUCCGGUGCUGCGGCUAAAUCCGAACUGAUCAAGUCCAAACUGCCCAACAAUGUGCUGAGUAAAAUCUGGAAACUGUCCGACUACGACCAGGACGGUUUCCUCGACAUCGAAGAGUUCGCCCUGGCGAUGCAUUUAAUCAACGUGAAAAUGGACGGCAACGAACUGCCGGUGUCGCUGCCAUCGCAUCUGGUGCCGCCCUCGAAGCGAAACGGUGUUGCGGAAUAAGGACGGAUGUGCAUAGAGGAUAUCUUACCAGGAUGGAAAAGUUGAGUUUUCUCCUCGCGGUGGUAUAUACCUAUUAUUGUGUAUCUUGAGAAGUGUACUUUUUCUCCUCUUCGUGGUUUUUCGCUGUUUAUUUUCCUAUUUAUCUCUAGAUCGCUUUCUUUUCCAAUCAGCCAAAUAAGACGCCAAUAGCCCACGAAUGCCGCUAUAUGCGUAUAUAUAUUUUUGCCAAACUUGUAUUUGAUAGUUAGUAGAGGAAAAGCGAACAUCUACGUGGUGCAAUACCGUGACCAACUGUAGUAGUCUUCGGUUUCUCUUUCGUCAGAAUUUAUUUCCCAUCUUUCCACAUCACCUUACCGAAACCGAUAAAAAUGGCACAAUAUCAUAAAAAUCCGGACGACGAUAUGAAACAAAACUGGACCUUAGGACGUGCAAAUAUUUACCCCCUGAAAAUCUUGAUUUCCGAGCAAACGUUUUUCCUUCUUUUGAACAACCGGUCUUCGACGGCCAUCAGCCAAAAAGGUGCAAACACUUUCGGAAACUGCAAGCAACACGAUUUAUAAUAGCCUAAUUUAUUUAUAAACGAAAAAAAAAUUGAACAGAACAGUGAUAGGCGAGACGACAUACCACAAAAACAAAAAGGAACGCAUGAAUGCAAUAUGUAGGAGGAUCGAUGUUUCAUUAAUAUUAUUUUUUUUUUGUUUUAUUUGUAAGAGUUUUAUUCCUCUGGUAUCAAUCGAUCCAUUUUCGCGUGCGCGAAAACAGAAAGAAUAAGCUGGAAGAUAACUAGCAUAUUGUGUAACACCGGUUUUCCCUUUGUAUGAAACAGAAACAUGAAGUAAAAGAGCAUUGUAAGCUAUAUUUUUAUAGGUAGUCGAAUAAAGAACGAAACUGUUGCAAUAGUUGUAAAGA